AUGGACGACCGAUCCAAGAGAGAGUCAUCCUCAUCCAAGAGGGAGGAUAAGGAAGAUUCGGAGCGGGGGGAUAACAAAGUUGCUGGUCGCAGAGACCGGAAAAGUGGAGACGAAUCACGAGACAAUAGUAAACGAGGAGACUCCUCCUCCAGUCAUCGACGUCGUCGGAGCAGAGAUGAUAGUGGCAAACGAAGAGAUCGCAAACGUCGUCGACGAGAUGACGGUGAUGGCAGUGAUAGUGAUGAUGAGUCAUCUGUUUCCUCAUCGGACAGUAGAUCAUCAGAGAGCAGUGAAGGAUAUCGGCGGAGAAGACGACGCCGAAAGGAGAGAAAAGGGAGUAAGGAUCAUCGCAAGCGAAGUAGUCGGGACAGUAAGAAACGAAAGAAGUCCAAGAGGCAUUCAUCUUUGUCCUCAGAUGAUGAUUCCAAUUCAAGUAGCGACAGCGAUAGACAUCGACGAAAGCGAAAGAGCUCCAGAAAGAAACGAAAGGAUUCUUCCAAGAAGACAGAGGACAAGGGUCCACGUCGGAGUGCCAUUACCGGCAAAAAGCUCAAGCUGCAUAUUGAAAAAACAGAAGAAGAUAUUGCCAAUGAAAAGGCUCGAGAGAAGCUAUUGGAAUAUAUGAAUUCAUCCUUCAAAUGA